AUGACGCAGAGCACCAGCGAUGUAGAGUUGAUGAACACCCCAGACGGUGUCACGGCGCUUGUGACGGCUACACCUUUCCAAUAUGACGAUAUCAAUGAGUUCUACCGUCGUUUGGAGGAAACCCAUGUCAGCAAGGUCAUCACAGCUCGUCUGCAACAGAUUCCUGGUAUCAAGGCCGCGUGCCAGAGCGAACCCUGCAAUUUCACAGCCACCGCUGGUCCUUUCCUCGAGGCGGCGCAAUGCAGCACUUCCUUUCUGAGUGAAGUUCCCUACGAGAAAUCGGUGCCAUCGCUUUAUUGCGUUGGGAAAACUUGCGCCGACGUCUGUUAUCCAGAAACAACAUGUGGCAACGUCAUUUGUGGUGACGCCAUGAAGGCGAAUAACGGCAGUGCUGACACCACUUGCAAAGGGGAGGAUGACUGCAUGGACAAGUGUUGCGUCGUGAUGUGCAGCAGUUGGGUUUGCCCGAAGCACACGUGCGACUUCAGAACCGAAGCAACAGAGGCUACGCCAUCAGAGGCCAACGAGACAUGCUGCGUGAUGCCAGAGGUGGAAUGCUGCCGGGCCGGAAAUGCAUUCUGCGAGGCAUGCCGUGAGUGCGUUAACAUCAGCGAGCAAUGCGCCCAGUCGCCGGAUGAUUCAGCGUGCAAGCCAGACGAGGUCCCAGACUGCGGGAUGAGUGUGACCUCUCAGUUCGACACUGGCACGGGCAAGGCCGUGUUCAGCACCGCCGUCAUUUACGGCGGCUCUCGCGCUUUCUCGGGCGGCUACGGGAAUGCGUCCAGUGGGGCAGAGUACCGCGCGUGGGUGUGGGAGAUUCGCACAGGCGAGACGCUGAUGAGCUUCGGCACGCAGACGCCCGUGAUGGUGGUGGCUCCGUCGGCCGACGGCAUCCAUGCGCUCACUGGGGAGCAGUCGGGGACGGCGACGGCGUGGAAUUAUGUCCAAGGUGGUCCCGCUUUCAGGACGCUCCUGCCCGACAGCAGCAAGAGCGGCCCAGUGGUCGGCAUUGCCGGGGGCUUUACAUACCAGACGUCGUAUGUCACUGGAGGUGAUUUCGUCGAGUUCUGGCAAUGGGGCCCCGACCGCGUCGGCACCUUCAAGGCACCCAACUUGCUGACAGAGCAGCAGGAGUUGCAGCAGCGCGCGGAGACGCUCAAAGCGGUGGCGGUAAACAUGUCCGACAAUCCGGGCCUUUCCGCCGUAGGGCGGAAGCAGCUCCUCGAGAUGGCUUCGCCCGAAGCGCUCAGCACUACUGAGCAGGCACUGAAAACGGGCGUGCUUUCUCUGGCGAAGGUUACCGCCGUCGUCCAGCUGCCAGGAAACUCAAAUUUUGCGUCUGGUGAUGCUAACGGCGUGAUCCGUUACUUCAACUACAGGACGCUGACGGUCUUGCAAGAGAUUCAUGGCCACGCCGGUAAGGUGACAGCGUUCUCGGCCUUUGCGACCGGGACCCGUCUUCUGUCCGGCGGCGAGGACGGCAAGAUCAUUUUGUGGAACAUCGCGACAGGAGAGAUCAUGAGAACGUGGACGCAACCAUUCGGCGGCGCUGUGCGGACGUUGCAGCAGGUGCGCCAUGGCACCGCUUUCCUGGCUGGCAGCGACGACGGUUUCAUCCGCAGGUACGAGCUCAACGGCGGCGAGGAUUUCGCGAGUGCCGCGUGCAGGCAAGCCGUGGGCGGCGGCGCGGUGUACGACAUCGCUGCCAACAACGGGAAUCCGUCCCAGAUCAUCACCUCCAGCAAGGACGGCGUCGCGAGGGUGUGGAAGCUGUGA